CUUCCUAUCGCGAGAGGGGUUCGUGAAGCAAAGAUGCCGUGCCAAGAAAAGUGAUGUUAUUACUAAAAUCAAAACUCAAAUACUCUGACAUCGCGUUGGGAAAGUCUCGCCUUCCACAACCUCUUGAGCUCUGUAUCUUAUCUCUGAGAGAAUUGUCGCCUUGCUAGCGCUUCACGACCACCGAAUUUCAUCCCCGAUUGGUAACAUGAGGGUCCAUUUUCCAAGAGCUCCCGCGCUCUGGUUUUGCGUGUCGCUGGCGCGUAAGAUCCUUGGAGAACCGCUUCCUGAUCCUACGGGCGAGUACAACGUCGGUGCCCAGCGCUUUAUGGUGCCAUUCUUAGACGAGAACGACGUCGUGUGGCCAAAUGGUGUUUCUACGGAAUACCUCGUAACGCUGUACUAUCCCACCGCAGUUGAGAAGCCUUGCCCGAAGCCAUACCUCGAGCCCGAGCUUGUCAAACUGUACACCGAUCUGUGGAAUUACAACAUCUCUCACUUAACGUCGACGCUGCGGUUGAAUGCGACUUAUCUAGCUGAAGAAACAGGACCCACGCUUCUCUUCGGACCUGGCGGUUGGGGUGUGCCGACCGGUGGUAACUACAUUAUCAUCUCUGACCUGGUAUCGCAUGGAUACGUCGUUGCCGCAAUUGAUCACGUUUACGAGCAGCCCUUUGUGCGUUAUCCUAACGGCACGGGCGUCUACGGACUGCCACCGAAUUUCAGCAAUUACACGCUUGACUGGGUAGAGGACUUGCAUGCCGUCAGGGUUAGACAGCAGCUCCACUUCAUUGAUUACUUCCCCUCACUUGUGGCAGAGCUCAAGGCACCCUUCAAGAUCAACGAAUUUGGCACGUUCGGGGUGUCUUUAGGAGGCUCUGCUGCUCUUACCGUAGCACUGGAGAGCGAUGCGGUGGCAGCCGCCAUCAACGUCGAUGGUGGUCUUUGGGGUCGACUAAAUAGCACAUCCGACUCGGACCUGAAGAAACCUUCGAUGAUUCUUGGCUUUCAGGGCCACAAUGCGAACUCGGAUCGCACCUGGAAUAACUACCGGGCCUGGCAGACUGGUUGGUGGCGUCUGUUCUCCGUGGAUGGAAGUUUGCAUCCUGACUGGUCCGACCUGGGAUUCUGGAAGAUUUUCGGCACGACACGUAUACAGGGGCCCAUUGAUGGCAACAGGAUGGUCUAUAUCUCGAGGACUUUCAUCCGAGCCUUUUUUGACGAUGUUCUGCGUCAUGUCAAUCAGCCUCUUCUGGAUAGCCCUUCUGAAGACUUCCCCGAAGUGCAUUGGGAUGAGAUCCACAACGGACAAUGAAUACAGCAGCUUUUGACAUUAUGAACAAUGGAAAUUUAGGUCAUCCAUCGAAGUGUGCAUCGAAUGACGGGUCGACAGUCAACGAGUGCCAUUCUUCCUCUCCUGACGCUUCCCGCCAUCAUCGUGCUAGGGGAAAGUGUUGUUCUAAGACACGGGCGUCGUAUCCGAAAGUGACAGCUCCCCGGAGUUACCAUCGCAGUGCC